CGAUGACAGAUUACUUGACCAGUUGCAUGCCAUCACAGGUAGCUGCAGACGGCAGGUGCAAUGUAUACAAGCUAUCUCAAGCAUUGUCGUAGUUGCGCAACCGCGUUUGUAAACAUUUGCAAAAUACUUAAAAAUGUUUGAAACCGCAUCCCGACACCCUCUGCUUCGCCCUAAUAUUUGGGGUCCAAGCAGCAGCAACAGAUUUUGGACUCGGAACACCCACAAUACCAGCCUGUCUAGAUUCGCAAAAAUGCAUUUUCCGACCCAAAUAGCUGGCAAGCCUGUUGGCCCGGUCGGAUACGGCAUGAUGGGUAUCACGUACUGGAAUCCCAUGCCGUUUGAGGACGCCGAAAAGCCGCUCAAGGCAGCCCUCGACAACGGCGCCAACCUCUGGAACGGGGGUACCCUGUACGGCCCGCCCGACCGCCACUCCCUACACCUCGUCAAGCACUACUUUGCCGCACACCCAAGCGACGCCUCCAAGGUGGUGCUCAGCGUCAAGGGUUGCUACGAUGCCAUGACCCAGACGGCCAACAAUCGCCCGGAGCAGAUUCGCGCCGAGGUCGACCGCUGCCUCUCCAUCCUGGACGGCUGCAAAACAAUUGACUUGUUCCAGUGCGCCCGCCAAAGCCCUGACACGCCCGUGGAGCAGCAGACGCGCACGCUGGCCGCCCUGAUCAAAGAGGGCAAGAUAGGCUCCUACGGCCUGUCCGAGUGCAGCCCCGAGACGAUCCGCCGCGCCCACGCCGUGCACCCCGUCGGCGCCGUCGAGAUUGAGCUCAGCGUCUUUUCUCGCCACGUGCUCGCCCCAGGAGGCGUGCGCGACACGUGCCGCGAGCUGGGCAUCCCCGUCGUCGCCUACAGCCCGCUCGACCGGGGCUGGCUGACGGGCCAGAUCAGGAAGCCCGAGGACGUGCCGGCGCACGUGCGCGUCUUUCCGCGCUUCCAGAGCCCCGCGUUUGAGCAAAACGUCAAGCUGGCAGAGGCCGUCGCGGCCGUGGCGGAGCGCAGGGGCGACACGAGCGCCCAGGUCGCGCUGGCUUGGGUCAGGGCCCAGGGCGCGCUGCCCAUCCCCGGCGCCACCAGCGUCGAAAAGAUCCUGGACAAUACAAAGUUCAUCACGCUUACCCAGCCUGAGCUGGAGGAGCUGCAAGUCGCCAUCGACAAGACGGAGAUUGUGGGAGAGCGCUUCCCAGAGGUGUACUGGUCUGGCUUGAACUUGUAAUCUUCUCACGUCACCAGGAGAGCCUUUUGGGGCUCUGUUUGUAAACUAUUGCCUUUUUGGGUAUCUGUGGUCUGCGCCGAACUGCAGGAUUCCGAUGGUGCGCACACAGGAGGAAUUGCGGGCGGCAUACGGCUCGAUACGAGUGAGGCCACACGAAUGUGCCAGAAAGAUAAACUAUUAUUUGUUAGUAUA